AUGGUAACUUGUAAGAAUGAAAUUUUUAAUUCCGGACUGGACUGGUCAGUACCAUCACAAACAUAUCUUAAUUUACGAAAUUCAUCAGAAGUCAUGAAAAAAUAUCCAUGCCAAAAGUGUUCUAGUGUAUUUAGUCGUAAAAAUGGACUCGUUUAUCAUGAGAGAUUUGAAUGCUCACAGCCACCACGAUUUUGUUGUCCCUAUUGUACAUACAGAUCACGACACGUUUCCAAUACACGAAAACACGUUCGAACACGUCAUCCUGGCGAGGAAUUACAAACCAUUGAUAUUUAUUAUUUGAACUACAAUGGAACACGUAUUUAUGCAGUGAUGGAUUCAACGGGAAGAACUAAAUUCCCAUGUCCAAAGUGUGCGAGCCAAUUUACGAGAAAGGAUAAUUUGCAGAAUCAUUUACGUUACGAGUGCUCGCAACCACCGAGAUUUAACUGUCCCUAUUGUUCCUAUAUCACAAAGAAUUCAUCAAAUGUUCGUGCCCACGUUCGUAGAAUUCAUCCUGAUUGCGAUUAUGUCUUCGUUAAUGUGACAGCAAGUGAAAAUGGCUCAGACACAUUUUGGGAUUCAACGACCAACAAUGCGAAUAAUUUUUCGGAAAUUUCAAUAGAAGAUAAUCCCCUUCUAGUCGAUUCCGAUAUUGAAGAGGCAAAUCAUAAACGAACAAUUAAAUUAGAACUCUUAGAAAAUUUCAAUCGUGAAGAAAAUUUACCCGUUAAUCCAUUCUCAAAAUCAACAUUCGAAGAUAAUACUCGGUCAAUUCACCCAGAUUUAGAGGACGGGAACUUCAAAAAGAAAAAUUUCAAUUCACGUCUUCGUACCAAUAAGGGAAAGUCAAAAUCGCAGAGCAAGGAACUCACAUGUCCCAAGCGUUGUGGGAAAAAAUUCUUCUUCGCCUCAUCAUUAAAGAAACAUUUAAAUAAAGUCUGUGGCGGCUAUUCAAUACGAUACAAAUGUCCCGAAUGUCGAUACAAAAAAGCAAAUCGCUACGAAGUUGUGAGGCACAUUAAACGACAGCACGAUGAUCUCUCAAUAGUUCCCCUCGAUUUAUGGGCUGCUGGAAAUUCAAGUCCAUCGCUAAAUUCAUCCGACGAUGAGGACGCCAUGGAGAAAUUAAUGAAAAAACAAGUCCUUCAAUCAAUUCAAUUUCGCAAUGCCGAUAGUGAGAUAAAAAUAUCAAAUGUCUCCAGUCUCGCCACAAUGGACGAUGUCAAACCGAACAUCGAUGAAUUGUCAUUGGUGAAAAAUCCCUUUGAGGGCGAUGCAAAAUUACCCUGUACAAAUAAAUGUGAUCUUUAUUACAAGAGGCGAAAGAGACGCACUAAUACUGAAUUGAAGAAGUACCCUUGUCCCAACUGUCCAAGUGUUUUUGUUUGGAUGUGUACAUUGAAAAGACAUUUGAGAAACGAAUGUGGUUUGGAACCGAGAUUUCGCUGUGCUUAUUGUCCAUACAAAGGAAAAUGGAAGGCAAACGUUUGCAGACACAUUAAAACUGUACAUAAAGAUACGAGAUUGAAAACACCUUUCAAUAAUGAUGAAAGACUAACUUAUGCGGAAAUACGUGGGAAGUAUGUGAGAAAAUUUGCCUGUCCACAAUGUCCAAGUGCUUUUCGAACAAAGCCAAGUCUUCAGAGGCACAUCAAAUUCGAAUGCAAUUUGGAUCCAAAAUAUAAAUGUCCCUAUUGUCAUCAUAUGACGAAAAAAUCGUCCAAUGCUUACACACACGUUCGUCGACAACAUCCCAAAUGUCAAGUUUAUAUAAUUGAUCUGAGAAGUGGCGAGGACGCGAAAGUCGUUCGACUUCCUAAUGUAUUCCAUCCAUCAUCAUCUUUUUUUGCUGUAAUGGGUUAUUACGAUCCAUAUGCUGGAGUUCCGGACAAUAAUUCAAAAAUAUUCCACUGUACACAGUGUCCAAGUGUCUUUCGAUUAAAAGCCAGUCUUCAGAGGCACAUCAAGUAUGAAUGCUUUUUGGAUCCAAAAUAUAAAUGUCCGUAUUGCGUCGUAUUGUGUCGAAAUUCAUCAAACGCAUUCAGACAUGUUCGACUAAAGCACCCAAAUCUCAAGGUCUACAUCAUUGACCUGAGAUGUGGCGAAGACGCAAUGGUCAUUCGUCUACCAAAAUUACCAUAA